CGGUGUCGUAUAACGACGCAUAUGUAGUUACAUAUGCCUGAGGGUACACAAUUUUGACUACUGUCUUCUCUGCAACUCUCCUCUGAAGCUCUAACAAUGGCGGAUUUUUCGUAGCGAAAGACUUCACUCUCCGUCUCUUUUCCUUAGCCUUUUCUUUCUCUAUUGGUCGCUAAAAUGCGUCCAAAGGACAAAAUAGCCUACUUUUACGACGGAGAUGUAGGGAGUGUAUACUUUGGCCCUAAUCAUCCGAUGAAACCGCAUCGGCUGUGUAUGACUCACCAUUUGGUCCUUGCCUAUGACCUCCAUAAAAAAAUGGAAAUUUAUCGUCCUCACAAGGCUUACCCCGUUGAGCUUGCUCAGUUCCAUUCAACUGAUUAUGUUGAGUUUUUACAUCGAAUUACGCCGGAUACGCAGCACUUGUUCUCGAAUGAAUUGGCCAGAUACAAUCUUGGAGAAGACUGCCCUGUCUUUGAAAACUUGUUUGAAUUUUGCCAAAUUUAUGCUGGUGGAACUAUAGAUGCUGCACGAAGAUUGAACAAUCAACUAUGUGAUAUUGCUAUAAAUUGGGCUGGUGGUUUACAUCAUGCCAAGAAGUGCGAAGCCUCUGGCUUUUGUUACAUCAAUGACUUGGUUUUGGGAAUCUUGGAGCUUCUAAAGUACCAUGCCCGAGUUUUGUAUAUUGAUAUAGAUGUACAUCAUGGUGAUGGCGUUGAAGAAGCCUUUUAUUUCACUGACAGGGUGAUGACUGUUAGUUUUCACAAGUAUGGAGAUAUGUUCUUUCCUGGAACUGGUGAUGCGAAGGAUAUAGGAGAAAGAGAAGGCAAGUUUUAUGCCAUAAAUGUCCCACUCAAGGAUGGAAUUGAUGACACUAGCUUCACUCGAUUGUUUAAGACAAUUAUCUCCAAGGUUGUUGAAAUGUAUCAACCAGGUGCAAUAGUUCUUCAAUGUGGGGCAGAUUCUCUUGCUGGGGAUCGCUUGGGCUGUUUCAAUCUCUCAAUUGAUGGACAUGCUGAGUGUGUUAAAAUUGUGAAGAAAUUCAACCUACCUUUGCUGGUUACUGGAGGUGGAGGAUAUACAAAAGAAAAUGUUGCACGGUGUUGGACUGUUGAGACAGGAGUUCUUUUAGAUACAGAACUUCCUAAUGAAAUCCCAGAAAAUGAGUAUAUCAAAUAUUUUGCACCAGAGUACUUGUUGAAUAUUCCAAACGGGCACAUAGAGAAUUUAAAUAGCAAAUCAUAUCUGAGUACGAUCAAAAUGCAAGUGUUGGAAAAUCUUCGUUGCAUCCAACAUGCUCCGGGUGUGCAGAUGCAAGAGGUUCCACCUGAUUUCUAUAUUCCUGAUUUGGAUGAAGAUGAGCAAAAUCCUGAUGAGCGCAUGGAUCAGCACACCCAGGACAAGCAAAUUCAUCGUGACGAUGAAUAUUACGAUGGAGACAAUGAUAAUGAUCAAAACAUGGACAUGUGAAGUUACUUGCAGCAUUUUUGUUUGGUAGUAGAGUAUUAGCUUUUCAUGUGUAGGAUUUGUUGCAAUCAAAAUUUAGAAAUAUGGGUAACACCUCAUCAAAGAAAAAAGGUGCAAGGAAUCGCACUAUAAUUGUUCAUAUAUUGAUUUUCAAAAUUGUCUAUGGCUCUGGUCUUUCACGGAUUUGUUCCAAUACAAUGCUUAGCAUUAUUUGGUGAAUUUCUUCUUCAAAGCUUCUCUGAGAUUUCAAUAUGUAUUCCAUUUGGAAACAAUCUUCCCUCAGUGAGCACAUGCAAAUUCCCAAUCCAGAUGACAACUUGUAUUUUACAUAAUUAAACAAACAAGCCAUUAUUUCAUUGUU